UCCAGGCUGUAUGUCCAAAAUGACGAGUCCACGGAAAUUUGCCGAGAAAAUAGCCCUUCACAACCAAAAGCAAGCCGAGGAAACGGCUGCUUUUGAUCAGAUUAUGAAAGAGGUCUCAAAUGUAUCAAGGCAAAGCCAAAGCCAUGUAGGACAUAAAUCGCACCAUUUACAGCUUGCUCCAACGUUAGGGGCCUACAGAGGAGGGUCAUUGCCCAACGUUAACCAGUUAGGAAAUAAUACUAUAGAUUUACAGAAUGCAUUGCAUAGUUUAGAAGAUAUCAAAGCUGCAACCAGCAGGUCGCCGGUCGGUGAUAAUCGAGUGUACCGUUCACAUCAACGAAGUAGUAGUGGACACAGAUCACGCCACGACACAGCACCGUACCAGACACCAUACCUGUCACCACCCAGCGACACAAGCUGGAGGAGAACAAAUUCAGACUCAGCGCUGCACACGAGCGUGAUGGCGCCCAUCGAUCCAUUCCAGGGCCACGGAGGCAUGUCGCCGGGCUCGCACAGAAGAGCUGAGAUGGUGGUGGAUCACUCAGGUAACACAUUGAAAACUCCUGUGUGGGAUGCCAAGAAGAUGCAGCCCAGGCCCAGGUCCUGUGAGGUGCCCGGAAUAAACAUCUGCCCGUCGUCAGACCAGACAGAGACAGAGCCUAGCGCCGACCCCAUUCCCAUCUCCAACAACACGGGCUCUUUGCCGGACCUGACCAACCUGCACAUCCCCUCGCCUCUGCCCACCCCGCUAGACCCGGAGGACCAGCAGGUGUCGGCCUACAACCACGGCGGGGGUGGGAGUGGAGGAGGAGGGGGUGGAAGCCCCGGCAACCUGUCCGGCAGCAUGCCCUCACCAACUCAUCUCAGUACCUCGCCUACCAAUCACACCCAGGUUGUAGGUCAACACAGUCCGCAGAUAAGUCCACAAGUAAGUCCACAGAUAACAAGGCGUCAUGGCGUGAACAGUGCCAACAGCCCCCUUGGGAUACAUGCAACUAACGAACAUCAGCGGCGGCAGCAGCAUCAACAACAAGCACAGCAUCAGCACAGACAACACCAGCAACAACAGCAACAAUCACAGCAGCAGCAGCAGGCCCAACAAGCACAACAACAACAGCAGCAGCAUCAACAGCAGCACUUCAUCAGACAGGGUAUAGCUGUGGACGCGGCGGCCAUGGCAAUGGAGCACCGGGCGCACCACCAGCAGUAUCCCCAGCAGCUUUACACGCAGGGCCAGCCUCAAGCGGUCCAGGCAGCUCCUCCCAACCUCACGCUGGACAUGUCAAAGGGGGGCCUGCAAUACCGGGAUGGCAAGUGCGUGGUCAGUACCUCUUGUACAUCACCUACCUCGCCUGUCUCCAACCCCCAGUGCUCGCCUUCCCCUGCCCACUCACCCUCGGCGGCCAUGCCCCAGGGCUCGCCCACCAACAAGGCCAUGAGCGACGCCCACUACCAGCAGUUGCAGCACCAGUUCGAGCACCAGUGCAAUAUGCUGGGGCAGCAGGAGGUCGGCUCACCCACACCGGGCCAGCAGCUGACCUACAACCCCCAGGGCCCAUACAAUCAGAACCACCAGCUGAGUGAGGCAGAGCAGAGCCUCUUCUUCCCCCCUCCGGGCGCCUUUUACGACCAGGCCUACAUGGUGGACGCCCAGGAGCUGUUCCAGCCCAACAAGCCGCCCCCGGCCUACCCCCACUCUGCCUUCAUGCAGCCCAGCGCCGGCAACAUCCCCAAUAUCAUCUUGACAGGGACUGGUGAGUCGCCGCCCCGACAGGACUUUGCUAAAGAGAUCAGUAAUGCCAUGGCUGGCGUGGACAAUCUGGACCCACUCUUCUCGACGGACAGCUUCAAGCUGGACCCGCUGGACCUUGACAGCCUGCAGAUGUUGACAGACAAUGACUUGGUGGCUGACCAGGCCACGGAAGAUUCAUUCCGGCUGGACAGGUACGAUGUGUGAUGACGACCGGCCACUUGGAAAAGCCUGGACAGUGUUGUUUUUCAUGGGCUUUGUUUUUUCCUUGUUUUUUUUGUUUGCGGGGAAGCCAGGAAAAGAGGGUGCCAAGAAAAUGUGAGUUGAUAGAUCCUUGUUGCUGCAGUCUUUUUAUACAGGGGCCCCUUUGUGACCCUUGGUAAUCGGCGAUAAUCGAACUCAUACAGGAUCGGACAUUGAAUUCACAAGUUGGACAGAGCUUUGCCGGCUUUGCUGUGACGUGAAGAAGUAUCAAUUUCUUUGCUGGUGUUCUCUAGCGUGUGGCAUAAUCAAACCAUGGCCCCCCUCCAUCCACUCUGUGCAGUCAGUUUAAAACUGCUGACAGUUGGGAAGACGUACAUGCCCGGUCGGUCGUGGAAUACUGCGUGAAAGAACUCCAGUUGUUGACUCGGACGGGACUGGUCUCAGUGCUUAAGUCGUUUUGCUCUGUGAUUCUCUGUAAGCUGCAAGGAUUGGUGCGACGAGAUUUAUGAUCGAAGAAGGAGGCAGACUUGAUGCACUCUGGACAAGGGCAAGCCUAGUUAAACCUCCUACUUGUCAAGCCGGGUGGAUGUAAAUGUGCAUUUUGGAAUUUUUACAGGUGAACAGCCGAUGCUGCUGGUGGACUUUUUGGGGGGGGGAGGUGGCAAAAUUGAGAUGACAAAGCGUGCAGUUCAGACUGAAGUAUCAGCGCGGCGGGGAGAAACUGGCCAACAUUCGUCAUGGCUGUUGUACAGCAGUUGUGACUGGGUGACAAAAUCGCAGGUGGAGAAAAGUGCCCCCCUUUUUUUUUCAGGAAGAGACAAAACACCGUAACAUUCCUUGGAGUUCUGGUGUCCAGUUGUGCAGCCCAGCAUCAGGAGAGAUUCCCCCAUCUGUCACAAGCCUUGUGUCGCCCAGGAAGCCGACCGAAUGGAUUAGUUGGUUGGAAGUAUAAAAAUGUAUAUUAAAACAGUGUUUUAUAUGAAAGGAAAGACAGUUGUGUCACAGGUUGCAGUUUGGAAAAUACUGAUUGGGAAAUGUAUUGCCAGAUAUUUAGCAGUGUGUUCAUUCCAGGUUUAAUUGACACGCUUUUUUUCUUCAUUCAGUGCAUUGUUCUUAAUUUGCCUGUGUUAUUUUGAGUCAUGAGCCCUCAGUUGCAUCCAGUGGCCAGUGGUCUGGUAAACCUUUUCGGUCUGGAACCCAGAGGUCUGCAAUAUGCUGUGCACUGUUGGCGCCUGGAGAUGCAACAUAUAUCAGACCUGAAUUUGCACAAAAGCUCCAGUGUGAAGUGUCAGACCAAAUGGCCUGUUUUGGAUGUGGUCUUUGCAGUAACGGCAGGCCUGUUGGAAAUUAGACCAGGGCUCGAUAUCACCUGAUUUCAUCAGAACUCAAAAUGGGUUGGUGAUAAAAUGGUUAUAUAUCUUAAAAAGAGUUUCAAGGCAAAUUCCACUCUAGAACUGAUCAGGAUUGUAUCCCUUGCCUUAUCCUGUCCAUGAUUUGAGUUUAACCUGCAUAUACAAAGAUUUCAGGCUGAGGGUAUAAUGUUAAAAAAAAUCGGCUUUUUUUCCCCCUGUUUCUUACAAAAUGUUGGACUGUGAACCGUCAGUGGUGAUCUCCGCAAAGAAAGCCUGGCCAGUGGUGUUCAUUAAGUUACAGGAUGGUUGGGCACUGGUAUCUCCAUGUUAUUAAUUUCCAUUUGUACAGACAUUAGCCAUGUGUCAGCCAUUUCAUGGCAUUAACUUCUAGUAAGAUCAAGAGAGGAAAAGGGAAAAACGGAAAAGGUAUUAAAAUGGUGCCGCUGUGCAGCAUGACCCGUCUUUCACAUGUUUUGUUGUCUCAACCGCAGCAAAAACAGGGGUCGAUGAAUGUAGUCACUGAAAUUUUUGUUCAGCAAUUCAAUACAGGUGUUUCACACUUGGAGCCCCUCCAAGAGUUUGCAACGCGUUUACCAAUCGCAGUGCGCAAAAUCUGUCGACCCACUGCACAUUUGGAACGGGUUGACAAUUUCGCACAUUGUGAUUGGCCAACACGUGGCAAACUCUUGGAGGCGCUCUAUUAUAAAUCGCCCGUAUUCAUCGGAAUUUCAUAGAAUGGAGUGCCAUUGGCUAACAGAACACAAUAUCAGGCAUUUUGGCCCUUAGCCUUCGUAAGCGUAACUCCACGUCAACUCCAGUGUAGCAUUUUGCACUGCACCAGUUGAGAACAACUAUGUCUUGGAGAUUCAGAGUUUGGAGUUUUCAGCAGUAUGUGAUGCGUAACUUUGUGAUUUUAUGAAACUCUUGCUGUUGUGACUUUUCCAGCCUGCGUUAAAAUACUAGGUAGUAAAUUUCUCUGAGCAGCAAGCUGUGUUUCACUCUCUCAAUUAAUCAAUAGAUUUUUAUGAGAGUGACGCUUCGUGAGCAAACAACAAUUUGGCACCCAACUGAUCACAGGUUAAAGUGUGUAGACAACUUGUUUAGACUGAUAAUUUCUCAGAGUUUGGCAGUGGCCAGCUUGGUCUCUGGUCUGAUUCAGUUUUGUGGUUCGAGAGUGAUGACAUCUAAUGUAGGUUUGGAGCCUUUCUCAUUUUACUCAACUUUGUAUGUAGUUUUGGAUUGUUCUCUGGCCUCAUUUAAUUGUGUAGUUCAAGAUAGUGUGUUGGUAUCUGGCUAGUUUGACUUUCUCCAUGAGUUUGGCUUGCUCUGGAGCCUCAACAACUGCGUGGUUCAAGAAAAUGUGUAGAUAUUUGACACAGAUUAGAAGCCUUUACCCAAACUUCCUCAGUGGCGUUGACUUUGUCGUUGGCCUCAUUAAACUGUGUUUUUCAGAAGAGAAGCUGAAGCAAGGAACCUUUCCUGAAACUUGACAUCAGUUGUGGCUUUGGCUUGGUCUCUGGCCUUAUUUGUAUGAUUCAGUGAAGUAUGCUGACAUUUAGUAUGCUGACUAAAGGCUUGGAGUUCUUGCAAAUCUUUGUCUUUGGUCAUGCCUUGGUUUGUCAACUUUAGUUUCAUUUGUACAUUUUGGUAUUCAUGUAGCAAAACAUGGAUUAAUUGGUGACUCCAGACAGGGAGCCAAAUUGUGAAAAGUCAAAGGGAUACCAGGCCAAAUUUAAAAAAGCAGCCAAAGCCAGUGUGUCCGGAUAAUGACCUGCUAGACCAGAACCAAGCCAACUGAUCACCAACUGUGGAAAUUAAUAGUUGAGCAAGUGUCCCAGCAUCACUGCAAAGGUUUUAAAAUUUUCCAAUAAAAGUUAAGAGAGGGAUUUUACUACUUCACAUGCUUCAUCAUAGAUAUGUGUCGAGAUCUGGAUCAGCUUCCAUCGACGCCAAAAUUAUCAGUCUCCAUUCUGUUCAAAAUUCUUUUCUUUUUUUUGGGGAUGAUUUCUUUUUCGUGUACAAUGUUGGUAGGCAUGAUCGCCUUUUUUCAUGGAUUCUGUACAUAUAUUAUAAAAACACUAACCAUUAAUGUGUCAUUUUUAGCAUGAGAAAAAAACAUGUCUUUUUGAAUUAAUAUGCUGCAUUUCAUCCGUUUUUUUUUGGGGGGGGUUGACAUUGUUGACGUUUUAGAAUGAGUAGUUUGUGUCGGGUGUACGAUAGUGCCAUACUUCUUGUUUCCAAUGGCUAAUUUGUGCUGACAAUCA